GCCAAACGCCUGCUAAUGGGCGUUGCUGCUGAUGUGCGUGCAGGCCUAAGCCCUGUGGGAAAUAUCUUAUUUAUCCAGAAGCGGCAAGAGGGAGGUGACGGGUUUACGCAGAGGUCACAUCUUCCAUUGCGGGGCCCCUUGGUGGAAUCCCCCACUCCCAAAAGACGCUCGCUUGGCAUCGGCACCGUGGUCCUUCAGCACCCAGACUUCAGACUAUUCUCCCAGGCUGCCGAAAUGUCAGCUGCUGGAAACGCCCAGGAGUUCCAGACUGCAGAGAUGCAGAAUCAGCCGGAAGAGAAGGGCCCAGGGAACCGUGGUGCGGAGCCUCCUGCGGACCCGAUCCUCGCCGGCGCUCCAUCCCCUGCUUCCAAGAGCGUCCUCUACCCACGACCGCACGAGGACCUGCAUGACUCCAGGAAGUAUUUUGUCUCGCGGCCUGGCGCUUUUGACCAAGCCAUGGAUGAUCUGGAGGCCCACGUGGUGGCGAACAUGGGGGAGAAGGCCCACAGCUUCUGGCUGCUGACUGAGAUUGACCACUGGAACAACGAGAAGGAGCGGGUCCUGGUCAUCACAGACUCCGCGCUCCUGAUCUGCAAGUACGACUUCAUCAUGCUGAAGUGCCUGCAGCUGCAGCGCGUGCCCCUCGGCUCCAUCAAGCGCAUCUCGCAGGGCCCCUUCGCCUUUCCGGAGAGAUCGCUGGACAAGAGAGGAGGGGAAGGGCUGCGGAUCUUCUGGGACGGAGUGCGAGAGCCCACCUUCCUGUCGCGAUGGAACCCCUGGGCCACGGACCUCCCUUUCGCCACGUUCAUGGAGCACCCCGUGAAGCACUUCUGCCAGCGGCUGAGCACCAUUUGCCAGAUCCCGGCGUUCCAGGCCGAGCUGGUGCAGGCCGUGCAGAAGGCGCAGGCGGCAGACCCCAUGCCCGGCAAGAGCAGCAGCGUCGUGGUGGCGCAGGAGUCCAUCCCCAUCCAGACCUACACCGGGCUGAUGUCCUUCCUUGGGAACCGGAACAAGCUGGGCUACUCCCUCGCCCGGGGCAGUUUUGGCUUUUGAAGGCGGGGCGGCAAUUGGGUCCCCCCACCCUGGAAGUGGGACAUCGGCACAUUAAUUCACGGCAGAGAAGCACCUUUCAGCUGUCUUGGAUGGCUUGACUUCUGAGGAUUGAACGGGGGCGGGGGGGGAGGGCUGUGGCUGCACGGAUGUCAGCUCCCAUCAGCCACAGCGAGCAACAGGAAUGGCCAAAGCCAAGAGCUGCUCUGCUCCCGUGCUUGGUGAGCCCUAGUUUAAGGGGCAAGCAGGCCUCAUCCUUGGGCCCUGCGCACUGCGCAUCAUUUCGAAAUGGGCGUGCAUUUGUGCAUUACCACGGCAAUGAGGCUGAUGCGCCCCCGUUGCUGUGAAUGGGCUUCCCAUCUGAUGUUGCUGGACCACCUCCUUCUUGGCAUGGAGGACUCCUCUGAUUCUGCAAUCCCACUUCUGGGGGGCCGCCCCUGAGCAUGCCACGCGUCUGCCUGCACUUUUGCGCCCCAAAAGGACAGAGUCCAUCAUAUGCUUCAGCAAGCGCAGAAAAGUGCACCGUUUCCGCUUCCCUUGAGCCUCAGGUCGCGCGUUUGCCCUUUCCCUCCAUGCAGAAAGGUAACUUCGGCAGGUAGAAAAGGAAGGACUUCUAAGACUAGCUUUCUCUUCCAUACCUUGUGCAGUAAAGCUCUUUUACGUUC